GAUCUGCCACACACACACUCACUCACACUCACACACUAGCACACAGACAGAAAAAAAGUUAAAAUCAACGUAGAGGAGGGAGGGGGAGGGGGAACGCCCUGGAAAGUUGGUUGAUCGAGAAAUAGGAAAGGAGUGACAGAAUCCUAACAGACUGCAAGGCUGUGAGUUGCAGAAGUGCUUUUUCUUGGGCUGGGGAGAAGGGGAGAGACCAAGUUUUCCAGGAUGCUCAAGCUGGUGUGAGGCUCCUCGGGCGCGAACACAGCGCACAGAUUACAAGAAAGACAAACCACAGCAUCAGACUGAAGCCCUUGGCAUUGCUUGAGCGGUCCAAGGAAAACCAAGGCUGAGUUUCCAUCAAACCUGGGUUAAAUAGAGGAAACACAAAAAAAGAUGGCUGAAGAAGAGGAAACAAGGGAAGUUCUCUUCCCAGACUGGGAAGGUCCUGACAAAACAGGCUUGACGAUUGAACAGACAACUGAGGGGGAUAUCUAUGUGAAGGAGGUGAAAGGAGAGUCUCCUGCAGCUCGAUCUGGAAAAGUAUAUGAAGGUGACCAGAUUGUUGGUGCCACAAUCUAUUUUGAAAACAUGAGUUCAGAGGAAACCGCUGAGCUACUGAAGACAUUGAAUCGUCACAAGGUUGGACUGAAACUUCAAAAUAAAGGAGACAAAUCCCCUCUGUGCUCACCUUUGAGCACACCAUGCCGUUCCCCAAUGGGCACUUUGACGUGGGAAGGGAAGACUCGUUUUGGAGGUUCCAGUCCAGACAUCAUCCUGAGUGGAGAUGAUGAGGACUACAAGAGAAUAUACACCAAAAAGAUCAAACCAAGGCUGAAGUCUGAAGAUCUUGCAGAAGGAGUAGAUGUUCGUACAGAGCGCCACAGCAGCACAAGCAGUGAUGGCAGUACAAUUACUACAAUAACUCGACGAAUCACAACCUACACAGUGGAUAUGCCAGGUGGCAUAAGUGAGGAACUUGAACUUUCAACCCCAGAGUUUAAAGGAUUAAUGCAUGGGUCCGGAGAUGUUUCUCCUCGAAUAAGAACAUCUAUCAGCCGAUCAGGUAAAGAGGGAGAAGAGGAGGGAGUAUUUGAGUCAAGUAAAGAGCCACAUGUUAGCUUUACAGAAAUACGAUCUGGUGGUGGAGGGGUCAAGACCUCGAUCACAAGAGAGACAGAAAAAGAAACAAGCACAGGUCUGAGAAUCAAGGGGCCAAACAUUGGAAUCACAAGUAGUGGACAGCGAGAUUUGGAGAUUUCAAGAGGGAAUGUAGAAAGAGAUGGAAGCAUUCAAAUAUCAGAAACGAACCUCAGUCUAAGAGACAACACAAAGGCUGGGGGCAGUUAUUUCACAAUAGGAGGAUUGGGAGGUGUAGCAGCAAGCAGUGAGAACACCAGUGGUUUUCCACAUGUAAAAGGAUCAUGUAAAACCGAUAUGAGAAAAGGAACACCAGAAGUAACCAUAAGCAGUGUUACCUCAGGAUUUUCCUCAGUAACAGGAAAUAUUUCUUCGGCAGGUGGGGGUGUAACAGUCCCAAACUCUGAGAAAGGUCAAGCUGUAAAUACUGAUGUCAAAAGCAAAGGAUCAAGAGAUGAAUUUGAAAUACAAAAAAUCACAAUGCCAUCCUUUGACAUUAGAGGUCCAAGGCUUGAGUGUACAGAUGCUAAUAUAAAAACUGAAAUGAAAACAUCUGCUGUUGACAUAAAAACACCAGAGCUUAAUCUUGAUAGUGAAAAUGUAAAACUAGGAGAGAAAUUCAAUUUGCCAACAACAAAAGGACUUUCUAUUUCAGGUAAAAGGGACAUAAAAAUAUCUAAUGUGGACAUCAAAGGCCAAAAGGACGAUAUUGAAGGCCAAACAGCAGGGCUUGAUACAACUAAAAUCAAAAUAGAAUCCUCUAAAAUUACAAGAACAAAAAUUGAGACUAGCACUGAUGUCAACAUAAAAGGACCAGAUGUUCACACAGACAGCAGCAAAGGUGGAUUUAAAAUGUCACAAAUAAAAACUUCAACAUUUGGCAUAAAGGGUCCAAAAGUGGACACGAACCUUCCUAAACAUGGCAUUGAUGUAGAUGUUACUAACAUUAAGAGUCAGCCAUCAGAGCUCUCACUGUCAGGUGCUAAUGUUGAUGUUUCAGUUCCAAAAAUUGAGGCACAAAUAAAAUCAUCCGAUACAGAUGUAGCCAACAUUGAUGUUAAACUUUCUGAUGUUUCCAUUAAAACACCAGAUCUUAACAUUGAAGUCCCAGAUGCAAAACUGAAAGGGCCCGAAUUCACUAUGGGCCCUAAGGUCUCAAUGCCAGACGUGGAUUUGAAUCUAAGGGGUCCCAAUGUUAAAGGGGAAGUUGACGUGUCAGUUCCAAAAAUAGAAGGAGAAAUAAAAACAUCUGACAUUGACAUCAAAGCACCAGAUGUUGAUAUUAAAGGGCCAAAAGGUGGAUUUGAAAUGCCUAAGAUAAAGAUGUCCACUUUCAACAUUAAGGGUACAAAAGUAGAGGGUCCAGAUGUUGAUGUAAAUCUUCCUAAAGGAAACAUUGAUGUGAAUUUGCCUGAAAUUGAUUUGAAAGCUCCAGAAAUUGACAUUGAAGGAACCAAUGCAAAACUAAAAAGUUCAAAACUUGAGAUGCCAGCCGUAAAGGUACCAAGGUUUCCACACAGUGAUCUCAAUCUUACAGGUCCUAAAAUAGAGGGAGAUGUGGAUGUUUCAGUUGCAAAGAUCAAAGGUGACAUUCAAGCACCAAAAGUGGACAUUGAAGGACCAGAUGUUGACAUUGAAGGCGUUAAGGGUGGAUUCAAGAUACCUAAAUUUAAACUUCCAUCAUUUGGCCUCAAGGGUCCAAAAGUUGAAGGCCCCGAUGUAGAUGUUUCUCUUCCUGAAGGCAAUAUUGAUGUUAAACUGCCGGAAGUUGACAUUAAAUCACCUGAAGUUGACAUUGAAGUCCCAGAUGCAAAACUGAGAGGGCCCAAAUUCACCAUGCCAACAAUUUCAGGUCCAACGGUAUCAAUGCCAGAUGUGGACUUGAGUCUAAAGGGCCCAAGAGUUAAAGGAGAUGUUGAUGUGUCAGUUCCAAAAAUAGUGGGAGAAAUUAAAACAGCCGACAUUGACAUCAAAGCACCAGAUGUUGAUAUUAAAGGGCCACAAGGUGGAUUUGAAAUACCUAAGAUGAAGAUGCCAACUUUUAACAUCAAUGGUACAAAAAUAGAGGGUCCAGAUGUUGAUGUAAAUCUUCCUAAAGGAAACAUUGAUGUGAAUUUGCCAAAGAUUGAUGUGAAGGCACCAGAAUUUGAGAUUGAAGGCCCCGACGCAAAAAUAAAAGGAUCAAAAUUCAAGAUCCCAAAUAUAAAGGCACCAAAGAUUCCACACGUUGAUCUCAAUCUAACAGGUCCUAAAUUGGAGGGAGAUGUGAACAUUCCAGUUCCAAAGAUUGAAGGUGACAUUCAAGCACCAAAAGUGGACAUUGAAGGACCAGAUGUUGACAUUGAAGGCGUUAAGGGUGGAUUCAAGAUACCUAAAUUUAAACUUCCAUCAUUUGGCCUCAAGGGUCCAAAAGCUGAAGGCCCAGAUGUAGAUGUUUCUCUUCCUGAAGGCAAUAUUGAUGUCAAACUACCGGAAGUUGACAUUAAAUCACCUGAACUUGACAUUGAAGUCCCAGAUGCAAAACUGAAAGGGCCCAAAUUCACUAUGCCAACAAUUUCAGGUCCCACGAUAUCAUUGCCAGAUGUGGACUUGAGUCUAAAGGGCCCAAGAGUUAAAGGAGACGUUGAUGUGUCAGUUCCGAAAAUAGAGGGAGAAAUUAAAACAGCCGACAUUGACAUCAAAGCACCAGACGUUGAUAUUAAAGGGCCACAAGGUGGAUUUGAAAUGCCUAAGAUGAAGAUGCCAACUUUUAACAUCAAGGGUUCGAAAAUAGAGGGUCCAGAUGUUGAUGUAACUCUUCCUAAAGGAAACAUUGAUGUGAAUUUGCCAAAGAUUGAUGUGAAGGCACCAGAAUUUGACAUUAAAGGUCCCGAUGCAAAAAUAAAAGGAUCAAAAUUCACCAUGCCAGGUCCCAAGCUCUCAAUGCCGGAUGUGGACUUGAGUCUAAAGGGCCCAAGAGUUAAAGGAGACGUUGAUGUGUCAGUUCCAAAACUAGAGAGAGAAAUUAAAACAGCUGACAUUGACAUCAAAGCACCAGAUGUUGAUAUUAAAGGGCCAAAAGGUGGAUUUGAAAUGCCCAAGGUGAAGAUGCCAACUGUCAACGUAAAAGGACCGAAAAUGCAUGGUACAGAUUUUGAUAUGAGCAUACCAAAAGCAGACAUUGACGUCAAAGUCCCAGAUAUUGAUGUUCCUGAAAUCAGCAUGAAGAAACCAAAAUUCAAAAUGCCAAAAUUUGGAUUUAAAAGUCCUAAGGUAAAGGCUCCUGAAUCAGAUAUUAAAUUACCUCAUGGAGAUGUGAGCAUGAAAGGAAAAACAAAGAGUUCUGAAGGCCUUGAUGUCGAACUGGGGCCAUCUGGUGCAAAAAUAAAAGGUCAAAAAUUUAAAAUGCCGAAAUUUGGAAUCAAAGGCCCAAAAACUGAAAUGUCAGGUGCAGAUAUUAAUGUUCAGAGCAUACAUUUAAAAACUCCAAAAACUGACACUGAUGUGAACCUUAAAGUUCCAAAGAUUGAAGGGGACCUAAAAAUACCUGAUGUUGACAUCAAAGGUCCAGAAUUUGAAGGACCUCAGGGUAACUUGGACAUUCCCAAAAUCAAAAUCCCCAAAAUUAAGGGUCCAGAUAUUGAUAUUAGCAUUCCUAAAGCUGAAAUUGACAUCAAUGCCCCAAAGGUUAAUAUUAAAAGUCCGGAUGCAAAACUGAAAGGCCCCAAUAUCAAAUUUCCAACACUGUCUGGCCCCAAGCUCCCUGAGUGGGAUCUUAGCCUUAAAGGACCAUCAGUAAAGGGCGAUGUUCCAAAGAUUGAGGGUGACAUAAAAGGCUCCAAAAUAGAUCUUGAAGGACCAGAUAUGGACAUUGAUGUCCAGAAACCUGGAUUCAAAAUGCCAAAAAUUGAGAUGCCUUCCUUUGGAUUCAAAGGUCCACAAAUUGAAGGGCCAGAGUUUGAUGCUAGCCUCCCUGAACCUGGAGUGGACAUAGCUGUACCCAAAGUAGACAUCAAAGGACCAGAAGUUGAGUUGGAGAGCCCAAGUGGUAAGAUCAAAGGACCCAAAUUCAAAAUGCCAAGCAUCUCAGGGCCAAAUAUUUCCAUGCCUGAUGUUGAUUUCAAACUGAAAGGA